UAGAGAAGCUCAACCGGCCGGCAAGGAAGUCAGACUGAGUCCGGUGUGCUGACUCUUUUCCAGUGGGAGGGGCCUGUUGAGCCUUUUCCUUCUGUCAUUGGUUAAUAUUUGAUUCUGUUGACAUGUUUUCCUACUGCUGAUGCUUCCGACACCUUCUUUUUCUCUCUCUCCCCCCUUCUCCCAUCCAGAUCUUGGCCUGAGCUGUCAAAACCACGCCUAUGGAGAUCCACAAUUGGUCCAAAAAGCGUAAAAUCAGCAAUCAAGGGGGCUUGGCUCAUUAGCAAGGGGAUCAGAGCAGGAAGGACAUGUGAGAUAGUCACAGUUUUACAGAGAUCACGACAAGAUCUAACCAUUUCAACUCAGAGCCCACACCAUGACCAGCCUGAGCAAGACUUUAAUUCCAUAAAAACAACAACAACUUUAUCUUUGGUAUUUUCCCUACCCCCAAAAAACCUAGAAGAGGAAAAGAAUAUUGUUGGUUACUGGGAAGAACUUUGUGCUGUGCAGUCACUGAGUUGUGCUGAAGCUGUGGCACCAGGACUGUUACAUUUUACACUGUGAAGAAUACAGGCAUUGUUGAGGUCAGAUACUGUGAAGGGGUUUGCUGGCUACUUUUUUUCCUCCUGGAUUUUUGGAUGCACCGAUGAGAGAUCCAGCUUUCUCGGGGACUGCCAUGGCUUACCACCCUUUCCACGCUCCCAGACCAGCCGAUUUCCCCAUGUCCGCCUUCCUAGCGGCCACUCAGCCUUCUUUCUUCCCGGCUCUGGCUCUGCCCCCCUCGGCUCUGGGCAAACCCCUGACCGACCCUAGUCUGGCCGGAGCCGCAGAAGCCGGGCUGCACGUCUCGGCCCUGGGGCACCACCACCAGGCGGCCCAUCUGCGGUCACUCAAGAGCCUUGAGCCCGAGGAGGAUGUGGAGGACGAUCCCAAAGUGACUCUGGAAGCUAAAGAGCUGUGGGAUCAGUUCCAUAAACUGGGCACGGAAAUGGUUAUUACCAAGUCAGGAAGGAGAAUGUUCCCUCCAUUCAAAGUGAGAGUCAGUGGCCUGGAUAAAAAAGCCAAAUACAUUCUGUUAAUGGAUAUAGUGGCAGCAGAUGAUUGCAGAUACAAGUUCCAUAACUCUCGUUGGAUGGUGGCUGGGAAAGCUGACCCCGAGAUGCCCAAACGAAUGUACAUUCACCCUGAUAGCCCUGCCACAGGGGAGCAAUGGAUGGCUAAACCUGUGGCAUUUCAUAAGCUUAAGCUCACCAACAACAUAUCAGACAAGCAUGGCUUUACAAUCCUCAACUCAAUGCAUAAAUAUCAGCCAAGAUUCCAUAUUGUUAGAGCAAACGAUAUCUUGAAACUCCCCUAUAGCACGUUCCGGACAUACGUGUUUCCAGAAACUGAUUUUAUAGCUGUCACUGCAUAUCAGAAUGAUAAGAUCACACAACUUAAAAUUGACAAUAAUCCAUUUGCUAAAGGAUUUAGAGACACUGGCAAUGGGAGACGAGAAAAGAGGAAACAGUUGACCCUCCCGUCCUUGCGGAUGUAUGAAGAGCAGUGCAAACAAGACCGGGACGGGGCAGAGUCUGAUGCCUCAUCCUGCGAGCCUACCCCGGGGAGGGACAACCUGCAUUCCCCGCUGAGCACUGAGCCCAGCCCGCUGAGACUGAGCCGCUCUAACCGAGAUGACAAAUUCAGUGUAGACAGUGACCAGGAGUCGGAUAGAAGAGAGGUCAGGACAUCAAGGAUUCACAGCCCAGGUGUGGCAUCUUCUGCUCCCAGCAGCCCCCGGCUAGAGGACAGAGGCAAAGAGAGACCCACCCCAGACAAGAAGACAGAGUCUCCAGAGCCUCGCAAGGACAGCGACACUAUAUUCAGCCCCAGGAGUUUAGAGAAGGAAAAACUGGAGAGUAGGCGGAGGGAUGAAUCCAAAGUGGACGUGGAAUGUGGAAGUUUAAGUAAAGAACCAUUUUCCCCACUGAUGGUACAGACUGACAGCCCCCCACACCUGAGUGCCAGCCACUUGCAAAGCUUGGCCCUCUCAGGCCUGCACAGUCAGCAGUUCUUUAACCCCUUGAAUGCUGGACACAUGUUUAUUCACCCAGGACAAUUUGCAAUGGCGCCAGGGGCUUUUUCUGCUAUGGGCAUGGGACACUUGUUGGCCUCUAUGACUGGGGCAGGUAGCUUGGAAAAUGGAACAUUGUCCUCAAUCCAAGGGGCAGCAGGAGCAGCUUCUUCCUUCCCUUUUCACCUUUCCCAGCACAUGCUGGCUUCUCAGGGUAUCCCAAUGCCCACCUUUGGAGGGUUAUUUCCUUAUCCCUACACCUACAUGGCAGCAGCUGCAGCCGCAGCAUCGGCCAUGCCAGCCACCAGCGCUGCCAGUACUUUGCCAAGGAACCCUUUCCUCUCCACCACAAGACCGCGCCUGCGCUUCAGCCCUUACCAGAUACCUGUGACUAUUCCACCAAGCACCAACCUCCUUACCACCGGUUUGCCAGCCAGCCUAAACCCUGGCUCAGAGAGCUCUAAACCUGGGAGCAGCAGGGAAUCCAGCCCUAUCCCAGAUACUCCAGUCCACAAGAGGUCCCACUCCAACUCUCUUUCUCCCAAAUCCUCCAUGAAGGAUUCUAUAAACGAGCUCCAGAACAUCCAGAGACUAGUUAGUGGUUUGGAGAGUCAGAGAAAUGUUUCACCUGGAAGGGAAACUCCUAAGUGACUGGCACAAUAUGCCACUCACCUGAGCCAUAAGGGCUGAAAAGCACUGGGAUUUUGUACAGCACAUUAUAACUAUUUAUUGAAAAAAGGGGCAGCGAUCAAAAAAGGAACAAUAAGUUUACCACAUACAGAAACCCCAUUAUUUCUGAAGAUUUGAGAAACGUUUCAUUAUGCAUAUGGUGUAUCAUUUCAUACAAUGCAGAAAUUAAAGGAUUCAUCAUUAUAUCAUGAACUGAAAAUAAUUAUUCUAGGGGCAUCAAUGACUUAUAGUAGCCCUAUUGUGAAGGAUUCCAUUUUAUUCACAAGAAAAGGCCUAAAUGUCAAACUCAGUGAACAAGAUGAAAGGCUAAGGGAUGGUAACAAGAGAUUCCUUAGAUUUGUAUCAAAAAAGGGGUAAAGGAGUUGUUCAUUAAAAAAAAAUAAACUGAGUCUCUUGGUAACACUAACCACAUAUGAAGUAUGUCUGAUCAGAUUGUGAAUACACAAUAACUCGAAAUAAAAUAAGUAAAUAUUUUUUGUAUUAUUAUUGCUUUGUCUAAAGAUGCUCUCCUUAAAUGAACUCAUGCUUAAGCUCCAAACCAGAAAGCUGGUACAUUAUUAGGUAUUUGUCUACCUAUGUUCCAGAGAUAUUUAUGAAAAAAAUAGAAAUUUGUGUAAAUAAGCUAUACUGAUCCCAAAAUAUGCAAAUUGGUAUUAAUUUAUUCAGAGUUGUACAUGAUGUGUACAUAAUAUUUAGAGAACAAUUCUUUGCAUUUAAUUUCCCUUUUUUUUAACUUACAUGAUACGUAUAUAUUGUAAAUAAAAGUCCAUCUAGCUUUGUGAUUGAAGGAAUUCUGGUUUCUUUAACUGUGUUUUAAUAUCGUUUAUCCCGCCUGUUUAGGACAAUCACAGUGCCAUCAUUGAAUUCUGUUUGAGUUUUUUUUUUGGGGGGGGGGGGGGGGAUUUAAAAGAAAAUGAAUAUAUAAAUAUAUAUAAAUAUAUAAAUGAAUAUACGAGAAAAUAAAUCCAUAUUGUAAUCUACAGAGCGGGGUAUAAAAUGCAGGAAUAAACCUCAGGUUUUUAUUUUCACUCCAGUUCAAUAAAAUUUAAUUAUCACAAACUGUUCUAUAUAUAUUUUUUUUUUACUAUACAUGAUUUGAAAUGUGCUGGUUAUUCGGGUAACUAUCUGUUCAUUUUUUUUUUUUUUUGAAAAAUUCUCACAUCUUUCAAUAAAAAAACAUUUAAAAUA